AUAAAUAUACUUAAUUUCACAACUGUCCAAGACGUUCUGUUGCUAUGACGACUAACGGUUUUUGAUCCAUCACAUUCCAGAUGAAACAACACGUAACAUUCAAAUCUAAGUUAGAUCCUACAACCCGACAUUACUACGGCGGUCGUAACAAUGGACAGAAAGCCCCAAAAAAGACACCGAGAGACCUUUGAAGAAAAUUACCCCAACUACAGUCCGCCUGCCAGACAACCAGGCCGGGACCGCGCAGCGACGCCCGCUGCCCGGCCAUAUCAGGCCGGAGACGGGGGUCACGCUCAACCGCUACACCGGCAAAACACGAACUACGUGGCUCCGUGUGGAGCAAGUUUUGAAUUUGGAGACGGAAAGCUUCCACCUAUAUCGACCUUUUUUGGCAAACCACUUCAGCGAGAUGUGUCAGCGAAGAGCACCAGGAGACUGGAUGUGCCGCAGGUCACUGCAGCUGGAGAACUGCUGACCCUAGAUCCAGUCCACCUAACCCCAACCUCACCCAGCCUCGAAGGUCCAGUCAUCAGUUUUACCAUCCAGCCAACAGAGGAAGAUCUGAAGCAGAUGCAGACUGGCCAGGACAAGAAUGGACACAUUAAACGGCCAAUGAAUGCCUUUAUGGUGUGGGCUUGCAUCCACCGAGCAGCCUUGCGCAAAGCCUGCCCCGAAGCCAGCAUGACGGACAUCAGUAUUCAGCUGGGCUGUGAGUGGUCCAGACUGAGUCAGGAACAGAAGAGGCCUUACUAUGAAAUGGCUGACAAACUGAAAGACAUCCACAGACACCAAUUCCCUGAUUAUGAGUUUCGCCCCCAUAAGAAGAAAGGCAGAGAGUAUUGGACCUCAGGGCAGGGAACAGGACAAGAAACUGGACAGGGAACAGGACAAGAGGCAGGUCAAGAAGCAAGACAGGGGGAAGGACAGGACCCUGGUGUUUCCUUUUUCGUCUCACAGGCCAUGCCUCCAGCUCAGUCCAAGUUUCUGGGUGCCGGCAUGUACCCAUGUCUCGCCAUGAUGCCCUACACUGUGGGCUGCUAUUCCCACCCAUCCAUUUGCCCAUAUCAUCCAAUGAGCCUCUACUCCAGGGUCCAGAUCCGCCCUUCACGGUUUUUCCACAGAUGCCAACAUGCCUGCAGCUCUAUAGAGGGAGUGAUGAAUUACCAAAACCUUCAGAGGGGAGAGACCACUCUGGCCGCCCUCACCAGGGAAUUCAUGCAGUAUCAGCCAGCUGACCGUCGUCAUGAAGUCCUCAUUAGCUCUACCACGACAUUAGAGAGCCUUGAACAGCCUGAUAUUGGCGCCAAGCAGCAGCUUUCAGCCAACAACAGAGUGGAGUGUAAAUGUGAGGAUGACAUUGACGUCGUCGGACUGCUCUAGGAGACUUUCAGACACAAUGCAGCACUGACAGCAAUAUUUAGGUCAAAUUUAUGGUCAAAGAAAUAAAAUGCUCUGUGACUGUU